AUGCGUGAAAUACACUUCGUGGUCAUAGGCGAUUAUCAGCAGGCUGUCAAGGAUAUCACGCUCGAAGCCGCUAGAGCGCGAUCCCACGCUGCUCGUGUAUCCCGCAAGCAGAAAGUGGCUGCACGAGCAUCUCAGCAAAAACAAGCCAAAGGCCUCGUUACGACAGAUGCUGGGUUACCUGUCGACUGCCAGCUACAAGAGGACGAACCGACUUCCGUUUCGUCGGCUCUGACGACGGGCAGCUACCACACCUGGAGAUCUCGCCCUGAGACUUGGCAGAUGUGUAAGCGCAAGUCGCAACGGCGUCUCACAACUACGGCAUGGCAGUGGAUCACUGGCACGAGUAUCGACCCAUUUUCUGUUAUACCUGGAGCGGACAUGGACACGGAUUCGCGAGAAUGGGAAUUCCUCGUCCGAUGUAUAGCACCAACGAUUGCAUCACUCAACCAUGGACUCGGAGUAUUCAAUGUGUAUGGACGGUGGCUCUUCGAGCAGAUGGCGCAGUCACGGGUGCUCUUCCACGUCAUCAUGGCUUCAGCAAGGAGCACCAAGGAUGUAUUGACCGGCGUCGACUUCUCUACUGGUGUCUUCCUCCAUAAGGCGAAGGCUCUCACUCUUCUCCGGAAGCAACUGAUGGCAGACACACUUCCUCUCAACGACGGCUCGAUCCUGGCUAUGCUAUUCCUUUCAAUGCUUGAACAAGCAGUGGGCGAUCAGGCCGCCUCGAUCCUGCAUCGAUCUGCCGCAGCUAAGAUGAUCAAUGUUAGACGGACACGAGGUACUUUAGACCCUGGGAGUAAGAUUGAUGCGAUCAUCGCGCAAUUCAAUGUCUGGAAUGCCCCACAAGUCUAUCCUCAUGGCUCGUAUCUGCAGGUGAAAGAUUCACCCAAAUACGAAGCUUCUCAUGGGGCGAUAGAGCUUCCUGAAGGGUUUCAGCGGAUCGCUGUAACGCUAUCGAUCGAGACCUGCCGUGCCAUUGGCCAAAUAGCAAAUCGCCACCGCCAGCCAGUCCCCUUUCACCAAGAUAGUCAUUGGGAGGAAGCGCUAUAUGGCGACUUCAGGCAGGUUUGGCCCGCGCUCACUCUACCUGAUACCCUCGACGGACCAGCGUUGGAGAAAUUGAUCUGUAUCGCACUGAUCCGGUACUCGUAUGUACACCACCAGACUCCAUUCCGUCCCUUUAGAAAAGCCUCCUUCACCCCUUUUCAGUGCCGAGUCAAGCUGACCGAACCCUUCCACAGCUUCAACACCAUCAUCCUUGGAAGACCACGAGCAUGCAUCUAUCACAAUCUCAGCACAGAGCUGCUCAAUAAGCUGCCAGAAACAACGCCUCCGGUCAACGUGGACGAGCGUCACGCUCUGCUCUGGGUGUACUUGAUGGCAGUCGAUUGUUGGUUUAUUUGCGACCAUGCCAUCAUUAGCGCCGAGGCACUGUAUCUGUUGAAUCGAAUGCGCGACGCGUUUCCUGAAGUCUCCGACUGGACGGCCGCCGAUUUCGACAAGUUCGGAACGCGGUUCUUCUGGAGCUCGAAUAUCUCGAAGAUCAUUCAGAAGUACUGGGUGUGCCAUGGGAAGUAG